CACUGAGCGCUUUGCCCCGGAAGUGUUCCUAGCAGCGGCGGUGACAUCAGGUCUUCCGGGGCGGUGCUUCCCUCUCUUUUGUGUCAGCCAUUAUUGCGAGCAGGAGCAGGUCCGUGUGACGACAUCCAAGCCGCAAAAUGCAGAACGAUGCCGGUGAAUUUGUGGACUUGUACGUCCCCCGCAAAUGUUCUGCUAGCAACAGAAUUAUUGGAGCGAAGGACCACGCUUCCAUUCAGAUGAAUUUUGCAGAGCUUGAAAAAACAACUGGCAGAUAUACUGGCCUGAAUAGGACCUACGCAAUUUGCGGCAACAUUCGUAGGAUGGGAGAAUCUGAUGACUCCAUUCUUAGAUUGGCUAAAAACGAUGGCAUUGUUUCAAAGAACUUCUAAAUGAAGAACCCUUUGAAAUGCGGAGACUUGUAUGAAAAAUAAAUGACAUUAAAAAAACUGCCAAAAUUG